GCCAGACUUGCGCUUUCCGAUGUCGCUCACACAACAAAAUAGUGACUAGACCCGCAAUGAAUCCCUUCAUACAACGGUCUCAGGCAGCCUGGCACCGGGUUGGCUUUGUUUCCGAAUUUCCCGACCUUCAAUUGGACAAUGACUGCUCGCGGAUUGCCCCAAGUUGCAAAGCCUUCAAUAUCCCCAAGACGAAUGUUGGCCCUCCAGUCGAAGCGGACAUUGACCUACCGGGAGAUUUGAAGGAGCAAGUACUUGUCUUCAAAUACAAGGGGAAGAUCCAUGCCAUUGACCAUCAAUGCCCUCACUCGUCGUUCCCACUUUCACAGGGCAGCCUCUUUGAUAUUGAAGACUUUGGCAUCACCCUCAGUGCCGGGCUCACUUGCCCCAAACAUGGCUGGUCCUUUGAUAUCUUCUCUGGGCAGGCAGACCGUGGCAACUACAAGCUCAAAGUGUGGGAGGUGCAACUGCGGGACCCCCAGGAUAUGUCUUCCGACAGUACCGACAAAGAGGUCUGGGUGAGGCGGAAGCAGCGAAUUGGUUAAGCUGCGACUUAGUUCUCUUCCAUGACUGUUGGACCUUGGCAGGGCCGGUAUAUAAGGUUUACACCGGCACCUCCAAGACAUGAGACAGCGUCGCAUGUCAUGUCGCACUCCUUUCUGGGUUGCGAAUGCGAUAUGAAAGGUAGAAUUACGUUCUGCGGAGAAAAUAGCUACACAAUCUCUCUGCCCGAGUACGUGAUGCAUACCCAGUUGGUAAGGCCUCGUUGCUACUGGACAUUAGCCUCGCAUCCCAAAGCUGUGAUAGUCUGUGGUCACGAUCGUCGCACAAAUGUGUGUGCUUCUAGUUGCUUGACCAGAGUUAUUCAACUGCGCCAUUCCGAUGGUAUGCGAUGUAUGUGGUGAACUUGUGCGUGCCGCGCUGCAGAAAUAGGAUUUCGAAGCGAACGGACAUGAGAUCAUUUGGUUAGAACAUUUGUAUACGGCUUCGAAGCUACAUUGAUAUAACAGCAUGACUAAUGCUAAUGUUAAAGUUUGGAUGGGCUGCCUGUGGUGUGCAUUCGGUAGACUUUGCCACGGUCUUCUAGUACAGAGCCGACGUCGGGUGGCGGGAGAAAAGCAUUGCCAAAUGGGUCAUGAUCCUUGUUGGUGC